AUGAAUAGUAAGGCAAGUAGAACUAUGAGUGAUACGUCACGGAUUUCUGAGAACAAUGGCCUACCAGUACCAUUAAAUGAAAUUGAAAGUCAAACAAACAGAACAGACAAUAGGAAACGAAAGAAAUUUAUAGAAAGUGAUGCAGGAGACGGAACUAGAAGAGAAGAUCAGUAUUUGCAUGGAAUUAAAUUAGUAUUGUGUAUGAUUUCGAUUUUCUUGUGCUUAUUCCUUGUUGCAUUAGAUCAAACAAUUGUUGUCACUUUACUCACUAAAGUUGGUAAUGAAUUCAACUCAUUUGAUAAAAUUGGCUGGUUAGCUUCAGGCUUUUUAUUAUCGAUGGCAGUUUUGACUGCUACCUGGGGUAAAAUUUCAAUCAUAAUGGGACGUAAAGUUACUAUGUACGUAGCGAUAAUUCUAUUUGAAAUAGGAUCAUUAAUUUGUGGCUUAUCCAAUAGCAUGGGCUUAUUAAUUGGUGGAAGGGUCAUUGCCGGUAUUGGUGGUGGUGGGAUUCAAUCCUUGGUAUUCGUUAUCAUUUCAGAGGUAAUUCCAAUUGAAAAACGUCCUAUCGGUAUAGCGAUUCUUGCUUCUACAUUUGCGGUGGCUUCAGUUUUAGGUCCAUUAAUUGGUGGUGCUUUCACAAACCAAGUAACUUGGAGAUGGUGUUUCUAUAUCAAUUUGCCCGCUGGAAGUCUUGCUUUAGUUUUUUUUUUUUUUUCCUUCAAUCCGCCAAAACCUAAAGGUAAUUUGAGAGAAAACUCAAAAUAA